AGAUAGGUUAUGGAUUUUCUUGGAGUCGUGUGCGACGGCAACAUCUCGAGUCUCGACUAUCUCGUAAUUGUGUAUUAUUGUUGUUUUUAUCAUAUAACAUAAUUUGAGUGUCUCGCGAGUGUCACUGUCGCGUGUGUGUGCUCCGUGAUUUUUUUUUUGUAUAUUUCAUAGGGCACUGGCACUUAAUAAUGUUUGCGUUAACGGGAGAAGUAAACUUUUGGACUUUCGACGACAAUGUAAACAUAAACGUCACGGAUUUCGGUGCAUUUAAAUAUCACGAUAAACGUAUCGAUGGCACGUAUGAAGAAGGCAAAAGAUCUUAUUGCCAAGAACGUGGUAUGACUUACGUCCCAGAAAACAAAAAGGGAAACAAAUUAAAACAUUCCAUUAAAUACCUCGAGGAUCAGCUCAGAGACAAUUCUGUAAUUUAUUGUCAGUGGUACGAUGAUUCGGUUGCACAAUUAAUGCUUAGCAAUGGCUUACUGGUGCAAAUACAAGUUUGUCUCUUCAGUGGUGACAUACAAGAAAUUUCAUUUGACAAGUAUCUUGUAGGAAAGCUAUCCGAACAUAUAUCUGAUGUAAUUAUUACCAAAAGUCAUUUGGUUUGUACGUACAAUGAUAAUCUAGUGACCCUGGUGUAUUUUACAAAAUCUAAAACACACGUCUUCGAUAAGAUCAGCAAGUUGGAACCCAAGUUAAUCACAACGGACUUAUUUAUACCUAAUGGACGCAGAUUGGAUAAGAAAAUUCAAGUAAACAAGUCUGCUACGUUGAUAUUAAUUUGGCGAAAAUCUACAAUGAACGAAGUUUACCCUUGGAGUCCAGCUAUGAAACAAUACCAUCGAGCAAACAUGCAUCUCUUUCAACUUACAGGAACAAAGUUAGAAUUAUUAUGUUACAUACGUACUGAAUUCGAUCCCUUGUGUAUUACGUUUGAUGCAUGCGAUGACAAUAUUAUUCAUUCUGUAGAACAAAAAGUCUCAAGGAAGGGAGAAGUGACCGUAGAAUGGCGUACGUAUGAAGUUUCCCGACAGAAUAAAUUAAAAAGGAUCGCUGUGAUUUCCGUACAAUUGCCAACGCAUACAAGUUGCGUGAGAUUUUCACCUAAUCAGGAAUUAUUACUUCUGUGUUGCAUCGAUGGUACUGUUAUGAUGUACGAUCAAAUCAAGUCGACAAGUACCAGUGUAAAAGCCGCUUUUAUACCCACUUUAGCCGCUUGGCAUAGCGACGGUAUAAUAUUUGUGGUAGGUAAUGAUAGAGGCCAGUUUCAACAUUUUGAUAUCACUUUAACGUGCAUCAAAACCCAGACAUUAAGCGACGAGGCAACGCCAGCAAAUAUUCUCGACUUAUCAUCAUAUUUUAGGAAUCAGCAUGCCUUGGUAAAUAUGGAGUGGAACAAGAAAAGCGACCCGAAUCAGAUUCGUUACUACAGUAAUGGCACGUCUUUAUUCUUGUUACUUUUUGAACGAGGUCCGAUUGGCGUUAUUAAGAUGAUCGAAGGUGAUACUCUUUCCGGGGAUGAAUUGGUCAGAAGAUAUUUGUCAGAAUCCCGGAUAGAACAAGCGACUUCCUUGUUGUUGUCGAUGAACUGGGAUACGCAUCCACGUGUAUGCAUGCAUUCGCUCAAUCAAAUCUUAAAUUAUUUGUUCAAGUUACCAUUGACCACGGAACGUGAAGGUCUGAUACAGAACGCACUGGGCAGUUUCCACAUACCUAUCAAACCAAUAAGCCAAGCUGUCGAAGAAGAAUAUGGCGACGAAGUAAGAGAUUUGACGAGGCGAUUUUUCCAUCAUUUAUUAAGGUAUAAGAUGUUUGAAAAGGCUUUCCGGCUAGCUAUUGAUCUAAAUGAUCACGAUCUUUUUAUGGACAUACAUUUCUAUGCUGCGGUCUUGAAUGAUAUGGAACUGGCAACUGCAGCAAAAGAGAAAGCUGAGAGUAUUCUAAGCAGAUCAAACAGUUGCAGUGGCUCGCAUUCCACGUGUUCGAGAACAUCAUGCUCUAUAUGUUCUGAUUCGAGCAAUGAGAAGGGUGAGGAGGAGGAGGAAGAAGAGGGAGAGAACGAGGAGGCAGAAGAAGAAGAGGAAGAAGAAGAGGAGGAGGAAGAGGAGGAAGAGGAGGAGGAGGCAGAGGAAGAGAAAGAGGAAGAGAUAGCAACGUAUAGCGAAGAGAGCGAAGAUUCUCAAAGAGUAGAACGACCCAAUUUGAAACGGUCAAAAAGGCGUCGUUAUAGAAAAGCUUCCAACUCGAGUCAAAUCCCACCCUUACCGAUUGUCCAUCCUCAUCAUACCGCGAAGAACACACUUUGCGCAUCCUACAACAACAUUCCGUCCAAUACUAAGACUGAUUAUAUCUUAGUGCCUUCGUCUCUUGACACGUCUGAUAAUAUUUUAACAACUUCGUUUAAUCACUCUUCGGACAUUUCAAGCCCAUUUCUAGCAUCGACCUCUUUUAACAAAUCAUUAUACAGUACACACUCGAAUUUUACCCCGACCAGCGCGGUGAACACGAUUAACAGUUCUCAAGUGUUUAACAAUGCAUCAGACGACUUGAUGACCACGUCAUUCGGUAGUAUUUCUCUAACUGAAUCGGAGGUAAUGGUCGAUGAUCAGUCUGGCAAUAAUUUCGACGAAAGGUUAUACGACAAAUCGUUAGUUAACGAAAUACCAUAUUCUUUCAAUGGAUAUUCCGCCACCAAUGUAAUAACAACUUGCGCGCAAGACGACAGCCUUAUUUCUACACCUUUCAAUAAGCCAAUAUACGAAUCAGAAGAUAUUCAAUCGAAUUAUUUGACGAACUGCUUAAACAUCGUUGACAAUAAUAUUAUGUCGACGUCAUUCAGUACUCGAGUCGCUAGCGCUCCUAUCUCGCAUAGUAACUCUGUCAAUGCGCUAACAGCGAACAAUAACUCUGAAACAACUUCGAUAUCACGAAGCGUAAAAUCUUCAAAGGUAUCUGAUAAAUCGCUAACUAAAGCUCUCAUUGAUGCUAAUACUCAUUUGACGGAUCAAUUGGCUUUUCCGAAUCGUAUUUAUACCAAUCUGAUGUCUACUUCGUUUAAUUAUCCCGAAGGAUAUGCGACUCCUGAAAGUAGCGAUAUUACAUUUCCCAACACAUUUAACAACGUUAAUGAUCAAACCGUUAAAUUACAUCCUGUUACGGAAGAAAAGGAAACAGGCGUCGCUAUUCCACCACCACCACCUUCUCUGAUAAGUUCUCUCACUAAUUACCUUCAUAGUUUACCUAAAAAAAAUUAUCUUUUAUCUAGGAGCGCUCAAGGUUUAUCAAAUAUUAAAGAAUCAGAAAAAUUUGCGUCGAAUAAAACACACAUGCCGUCGGGCGCUUUACAAAAACAGAAUUCCACAACAUCGAACAUCCCUGAAAGUCAGAAAACAUCUCUAUCUUUCAAAACAUAUAGAUACAAUUACGAUCUAGAUUACAUACCAUUUCACGGUACUCGUGACGACACAGAUUUACAACUUUCACAAACGGUUAACAGAAGACUUCCCUCGCGGAACUUUCAUCCUAGCUACAGCAUGCAACAUGGGUUAUUCGAGAAUAGAUACUCGUUGAGAUCUACCUUAAACAAUACAACGGUUAAUGCGAAUAGAGAAACUAAGAUGCUUUCUAACGUACCACCUCUGCCUGUAAUUAAUACGUCUAGCGCUAAUUUGAAGAUUUGCUCCACGUGUCCGUCAUUCGCCGAUACGCCAAGCUCUCUGUCUAACGAAAAACCAAAAGUCAAGUUUUCAGAUACUGUCACUCACAUAUUAGUACCUGGCACAACUCAAGUAUAUAGACAGAAACGAACUACUGCACCAACUACACACAUAACGGAUCCUAAACGUGAAUUAGCUGAAAGCCUUCCACUUUGCCUGGGUAACGAAGAUUACCUUAAAGAUUUUCAACCACUAUGUAAAGACAACGCGGACGAAAAAGUUAAAGAAUCUCCCAAGACUGACGACAGUACAAAGAUUAAAGUUGUACAUUUUGGUUUAUUGUAAACCAGUGUUAUUCAAAGAAAUAAUAUAAUGAGUUACGUAUGAUUAAUUAUUAAUUUAUCGGACACAUAUGCACGCGCGUGACUUCAUGGAAGGACAGUGCGAUAGAAGAUUAAUAAACAAAACAGAGGUCCGAUAUUAUUUAUAAUAAGAGAAUUAAGUUUAAUAUUUAAUUUUAAUCUAAUUACG